AUGAACGAAACCUAAACUUGUUUGAAAACUUUUGAAGCUAAAGAUGGGUAAAAAGUAAUUGUUUGAUUUCCUUUUAUUUAGAUGGCAGAACAUUUAAAAAAUAUCUAGAUACUAAUUUUGAACCUUAUUGGCUUGUGUUUUUUGGUAAAAAUUUUGGGUGUCAUUCUAUUCAUGAAAAGAGAAGAUUUAUUUACUUUUAUAUAGAUAAAAUUGCAUAUCUAUUUUAUAAAAUAUAAUGA